AUGACGACGCUGAAAUCUGCUUUGGGAUCGGCCAGAAAGCAGCGCGAGCAGAUCGGAGUGCCACUCUGCAGGAUGAGCUCCUCCGUGCUGCUGCUGCUGCUCUCUGCUCUGGUGUCCCGGGCUCUGGCCGACUGCUGGGACCCGCAGGACGCCGGCGGCGUCAGGACCAGGAGGGAGAACCUGAAGAGUGAGGUGCCCUCAGACGCGGCGCUCUUCUGGGACGAGCUGCGCGGCCUGAAGCAGAUGGUGCUGAGCCUGAAGGCCGCGGAGGUGGGUCAGCGGCAGAUCCUGAGGAGGACCGAGGCCCGGCUGAGGGACCGGGAGCUGGAGGGGGAGCAGCUGAAGCAGAGUCUGGAGCGCGUGAGGCUGAGGGUGGAGAGCGACGGCAGGCAGCUGCAGGAGCAGCUCCGCGCUCUGAGGGAAGCUGACCUGCAGGCGCUGGAGUCCAGACUGAACGCCAGCGAGCGAGCGGCGGGCGACCUGAAGCAGAGGAGCGCAGCUCUGGCCGAGGCUCUUCCCUUCCUGCAGACCAGGCUGAGGGCCAGUGAAGUCACGGUGGUGGAGCUGCAGAGGAAGAACACAGGUUUCUAUCUUCUUCUGGCGUCUACGAGCGCGACGCCGCCUCCGCCAUCAUCACCACGGUGCCGUUCCAGAUGUGGCCUCGCGACUCUGCGGCGCCGAGCGCGGCCUGGAGCAGCUGAGGAGGCAGAGCUCCCCACCCCACCCUCAAGCCUCCAACUGCUCCUCCGGCUCGGGGCCCGGCCUGGAGCGGCUGACCUCCAGCGUGGCCGGUGCGUUGGUCCGUGUGGGGGAGCGUGUUUCGGGCGGGUGACGUGUCUGUGUGCAGGUGUGGAGAGCCGGCUGAGGUCCACGCAGGCGCAGGUGGAGCGGCUGCAGAGCGCCGCGUCCAACGUGUCGUCUGGCCUGGAGGCCCGACUGGACUGGGCCAGGAGCAGCAUCCUGGAGCUGCAGGUGGGAGUGACGUCUGCGCAGACGGGCCUGCAGCGGCUGCAGAACCGGACCCAGGCCACUCAGCUGGAGCCCGGACUCGCCGCCCGGCUGGACCGGAUCAGUUCCAGCCUUCGAGGUGUGGAGCUGCGGCAGGGAGCCAGCCAGCAGCAGCUGCAGCGUCUGCAGGAGGGAAGCGCAGGAGGCGGAGCUGCGGCGUCUGAGGGCGCGACUGAACGUCAGCGAGGAGCGUCUGCAGCGGCAGGAGACCUGGAGCUCAGGGGCGGAGGUCCGGCUGAGGUCCAGCCAGGAGCGUGUGGAGCACCUGCAGACCCUCGCCUCAGAGGUCACCAACCGCAGCCUGACGGAGGCUUCACAGCUGGAGAGCCGAGUGGGCGCCGGGCUGGACCAGAUCUUCUCCCGACUUCAAGGUGCAGAGGUCCAGCUGAGGGCCACCGAGGAACAUCUGAGUUCAGACGUGGUGCCGCGCCUGAAGAGAGCCGAGGAACUCCUGGAGACUGUGAAGAGGAGCAGCUCAGGUACCACCUGAAGAAGCAGCUCCAGCACAGCGCAAAUGUCGUCUGCUGCCUCUGCACGUUGGUGGUCCUGAUGAGGCAGCAGAUGUUCUUCAGAUGUUUGUUUGAGACCUUGAUCAGGCGCCUACUGAUGACUCCAGUCCAGGAGGUGGCGGUGCAGCGUCUGCGCUGGAGGCUGAACGUCAGCCAGGAGCAUCUGCAGCAGCUGGAGACUCGCAGCUCAGCCCAGGGAUCUUCUCUGGACUCGCUGGCGCUGACGCUCAACACGACCGGAGGGCGGCUCCACCAACCGGAGACCUGGAACUCGGAGUUGUCCCGCCGGCUGACCGCCGCCGAGGAGCAGCUGGACCGGCGCCGCGCCCAGACGGCGGGCGCCCUGAGGGUGGCCUUCUCCGCCGGCCUGGCUGACGCCGGCGCCGUGGGGCCCUUCGAUGAGGAAACUACGCUGGUCUUCUCCAAGAGCGUCACCAACGAGGGCGGAGCCUACGACCCCACCACAGGAGUCUUCACCUCGCCGCUGCGCGGACUCUACUUCUUCAGCUUCACGGCCGCCGACUUCAUCAAGGGCUACAUGGGUCUGAACCUGUACCACAACCAGCAGCCGGUGCUCUUCAGUCUGCAGCUCAACGACCACGGCGGCUACGCCAGCACCUGCGGCAGCGUGACGCUGCUGCUGGAGGAGCGGGACCGCGUGCGCCUCAGCCUGCCCGCCACCUACCGCCUGUACGACGACUCCCGGAACUUCAGCUUCUUCAGCGGCUUCCUGCUCUUCCCUCUGUGAUGUCACAGCUGGGAUCACAUGAGGCCUCGCCACGUUUUAUUAAAAUGGCAUCAAAAGUU